AUGGAACCAUCUUCACAGUGGUAUAACAGCGUCCCCGUUCUCUCCGGCGCUCCAGGAAAGCCCCCAUCGUCCGACAAAGUCACUUCCCUCUACGAUCGCGCUGCCUCCCUUCACUCCGAUGCCGUCACGUCAUAUCAGUCCAAAUCCUCCUCCACCGUCACCUCGUCUAGCUCCGAGUACUCCUUCCUCCAAAAGAUCUUGCAGUCCGGUACGCUUUCCGACAGGCUGAGUGCCCUCACGCUCCUCGUGCAAAGCAGUCCGCUCCACAAUACCAGGGCGCUUGAAACGCUCAAGGGCAUGGCUGAGCGCGGUAAGGGGAAGGGAGGGCGAGAGGAGAGCUUGAAGGCGCUGAGGUGUAUCGUCGAUUGGUGGGUAGGCGGCGGAGCGCCGAAUCGCAAACUAAAGUACUUCCGGGACCACCCUCUGUCCCAUUCCGGCGUGACUGAUCAACAUCUGCUGGUUUGGUAUUUCGAAGAUUGGCUGAAGAAGUAUUUCUUUUCCGUGCUCAAGAUUUUAGAGAACCUAUCCCUUGACUCUCUAACCUACGUUCGCACUCAAGCUCUUAGCUUGAUCUCUACUCUUCUCCGAGAGAAACCUGAACAGGAGCACAACCUGCUGCGCCUCCUCGUGAACAAGCUUGGAGACUCAGAAAAAUCGAUAUGCUCUCGAGUAUCAUACCAUCUUCUCCAAGUCCUCCAAAGCCACCCUUCGAUGAAGAUCAUCGUCGUCCGCGAAAUGACCUCCCUCAUUCUACGGCCCGUGGGGUCGACCGCGACCGGUAUGCCCCCUCCCGUGAACACGCUCAUCAAGUUCGACGACGACGGCUCAGCGCCGAAGCCGAAGGGGGACAAGAAGGAUGCAACGCCGAAAGCCGCGUACAACGACCACGCUCGUUACUACGCCGCUAUCACCUUCAACCAGAUCGUCUUUGGUCCUGAAGACCGCGACGUCGCCAUCCAGGUGAUCGACGUAUACUUCCAGAUGUUCAAGGAUCUUCUGGGUGAGGGGAAGAGCGACGAUGAUACUCCAGAGGAGGUCGUUGAGCCAGAAGAGGACCCAGUCAAGCAAAAGCGCAAAGACGCCGGGAAAAUUCAACCGCCUAAGAAGAAGCGUGAAAAGACCGUGGUCGGCGAAGGUGGUUUUACGGAGGUGGAGGAUUCUCAGUCAAAAUUGAUCUCUGCUAUCCUCACUGGCGUUAACCGCGCGCUGCCGUACGCGAAGUUAACCGCCUCAGACGCUGGACUUAACAAGCACAUUGAUACGCUAUUCCUCAUCACCCACACAUCUACCUUCAACAUCUCGUUGCAAGCGCUUGUCCUCAUCCAGCAAAUUUCCUCUUCACUUUCGUCAGACGUCUCCGGCGCUUCAUCUUCCGCUGGCUCCUCCCUAUCCAAGUCCAUCACGGAUCGUUACUUCCGCACCCUCUACUCUUCAUUGCACGAUGACCGCUUGACUUCGUCGUCCAAGCAAACGAUGUACCUUAACCUGCUAUUCAAGUCCAUCAAAGCUGACGACAACCACGACCGUGCCAAGAGUUUCGUCCGCCGCUUCAUCCAAGUACUAGCGAGCGGAGGCGGAGGCAGCAUAGAAUUCAUUGUCGGUGGACUGUAUCUCCUCGGAGAACUGUUCAGUACCGUCCCAGGGCUGCGCGAGAUGACCAAGACCUCUGCGUCCAUGCAGGAGGACGAAUCAGAAAGCCAGUACGACCCCCGAAAGCGGGACCCGCAGUACGCGCACCCGUCGUCGACACCACUAUUCGAGCUGCUCCCGCUUCUGCGUCACUAUCAUCCGACCGUGUCUCUCCAUGCACAGCAACUGCUCAACGCUCAACCCAUCACCUCGAGUGCUGAUCUCUCAUUGAACACCUUGUCGCAUUUCCUCGAUCGCUUCGUCUACAAAAACCCCAAGAAGGUCAAGCCCAAGGGCGCCAGUUUUAUGCAACCUGCGGCUAGCGCAAACGACAAAAUUAGCGUCAAGCUCGUCAAGGGCGAGGUAGACAGUGGUCCGAUGGUGAACGACGAUAAGUUCUGGCGCAGAAAAAUCGAGAAUGUACCUGUGGACGAGGUAUUUUUCCAUCAAUAUUUCUCGCGGAAGAACCAGAAAAGCACUCGUAGAACGGACACGGGCAAAGACGGUGGAGGCGAAACAGGAGACGAGGAUGAAGAGGAAGACGAUGAGUCCGGGGAUGACGAUGCUGCUAGCAGUAGUGCUGACGAAGACGAGGAGACCAAGGCCGAUGGCGGAGAAGAGGAUGAUGAUGAAGAUGAAGAGGGAAGUGAUCUGGGUGAGGAUGAAAUUUGGAAGGCCAUGCUAGCUACCAUGCCACAUGAGGAUGGCGACGAAGACCUCAUGGAAGACGACAGCGAUGACCUGCCGUCAGAUCUGGACGACUUCGAUGACUCCGAUGGGGAUGCGCCAAGUGUCGAUGUGGAGGACGAAGUAGAAGAGGAGGAUGAAGAUGAUGCUUCCGCGCAGGAUGAGGACGGUGCUGCGGGAUCCGAAGACGGACUCUCAAUGGCAGAAGCCUCGGACGACGAAGAUCUGCUGGCUGUCGACGACAUGCCAGACGGGCUCAUCGAGUAUGAUGGGUCUGACGCUGGCGAACAAGAGGGUGAGGGUGAGGAAUGGGGCGGAUUCGGAGGGGCAUCGUCAAAACGGAAGCGUGGUGGAGAGGACAAGAGCGGAAAACGCAAGAAGCGACAGAAGUUGCCCACCUUCGCAUCAUACGAGGACUACGCAAAGAUGAUCGAAGAUGGUCCCGAGGACUUCAUCUAA